CGGUACCAUCGUCUAUCCAAUAUCUCAACUUACUGCGGCUUCCGCAUAUCGAUUUGACAAUCAUGCAUAAUCUCACUUCCGCAACAUCUCUGCGGUGAAACGGGUUCAACUUGGGCUGUCAAAGUACACCGCCUUCCUUACUCUGUUUUAACCACGUGCGAGCAGAAAAAAGCCCCGCCAACCAUCAGAGAGAUGGAAAAAGAGGCUAAUACGUCGUAUCCAGAGCCAAAGUUGCCAGAAGUAUACGAACAUGGAGCACAACACGUUUUCUCUUUACCUCAAUCAAGUGACUGUUGGAAGGAAUGUCUGAAUAUGGUGGAUGAGUACGACGCGAAUAGGUGCAGAGGGUGGAGAGAGGAGAUUGAUACAUUGCUAGUAUUCGCUGGUCUCUUCUCAGCGGUAGUAACUGCUUUCAGUGUAGAAUCAUACAAAUGGCUCGAUACAGAUCCCGAAGACGCAACUGCAGAAAUCCUCAUCCAUAUUGCCAACCAUCUUAAUCUUCUCAACUCAUCCCUCCCAACAACUAUUCCCACCAAAUUCAAUCCUCCUUCCUCUUCCAUCCGAAUCAACAUCUGUUGGUUUCUAAGCCUCACUCUCAGCCUUACAGCUGUUGUAAUCGGUAUCCUUUGCAAGCAAUGGAUGCGGGAACACAGAAGUAACCCUCCAAAAUUCUCAUCCCACAAAGAUACUCUUCUACUUCGGCAGAUGCGACAUCAAAGUCUUCGAAAAUGGGGAGUCUCUGGGAUGGUGAACACCCUACCACUCUUACUCGAGUGCGCCCUCAUUCUUUUCUUCCUCGGCGUUUUAGACCUCCUUUGGAGUCUGAAUCAGAUAGUCGCCAUCGUGAUCACCAUCCAGGUUGGCCUCGCGAUCCUCUUUCUUGUCGCUACCACUGUUCUCCCGACGAUAUCUUUCACUUGUUGGAAGCCUAGCAUUCCGUGCCCUUAUAAAUCCCCACAAGCCUGGCUCUUUUACCAGUUUACGGACUUCAUCCUACCGCGCAAGUGGCCAGGAUUCGGAAUCACUGUCAACUCCUUCUUUCGGGGAUUGUCGGAUUGGUUCAGUAGUGAUACUUUCCAUUCGUCAUAUGUCACUUGAGACGUGGAUGAAUCUCUCGUCGAAUCGGCGAUGGAUUGGAUGAACGAGGCGUUUGGUGCCUCUCUGGAGAUGUCGUUACAUAUUUACCGUUGUCUGGAAGAUUAUAGCACCUACCGAAGUUCCUAUCUGCCUCGAUCGUUACGGACACCAUCUGAUUUACACAAGUUUAAUCUAUUGACGAGGUAUCAUGGGUGGUAUUGGUGGGAUGAUAAUUCGCGAAGGCAUCUAUUGGAGC